AUGUCAAAGCGAGUUGAUGUCUAUUCCAUUCAAAUAGUCGUGACAUAUUUAAAAAAGUAUGAAGACUUUAUAAACAUCAUUUUGGUGUGUAAAAAGUUUGAAUAUAUACUUGACCGUAUUCGAAUGAAUCCAGUUCAAAUUACUCCAAAAACAAAAAACUUAUUCAAGUUUAUACAGACCCAACAAUUCUUUUCUCCUUUUGAUAUGAAACUGAACACUGAAAAAUCACUAUUCAAUUAUCCGAAAAGUGCCAAAGAGUGUCUUAUAGAGAUGAACAAUUUCAAUGUCUGUCCACUCUCUGUUUACACAACAGAUGACCGAACUUAUUUUGAAAACAAAAUUCCUGAUUUUGUGCGAAAAAUUGGUGAACAAUUUUAUGAAGGUUCUCAAGUAGUUUCGAUAAAACUUCCGCCCUCUGUAAUUGAAAUUGGAAAUUUCGCUUUUAGUGACUGCUCUCACCUCUCGUCAAUUGAACUCCCAUCUAAUCUCAUGAGACUUGGUAUUUAUUUAUUUUAUGGUUGCAGCAGAGUGAAAGAGAUACACCUCCCAAAACUCGUAGAAGUAAUUCCAGAUUCUUGUUUUUCAAAUUGUUCGUCGCUCACUUCUGUUGACUUUGGUACAAACAUGACUUUAAUUGGAAGAAAAGCAUUUCGUAUGUGUGCCUUUAAAAAUUUUACAGUUGAGAAGAAUGUGUUUAUCGAUGAAUCAGUUUUUGUCCAUAACACACUCACAAAGAUCACAUUUUGUGGCAAAAAGUGCAUACCUCAAAAGACUUGUCGUUCUUGUAAAAAUUUGGAAGAAGUUGUGAUGGACAACACCGUAGAAAUCAUUGCAGAUUCGGCAUUUUCAGAAUGCACUUCCCUUAAGAAAAUUACUCUGUCUUCCAAUUUGGAAAUGAUUUGUAAAUGUGCAUUUUUUAAUUGUAAUAAACUCAGUCAAUUUGAAGUACCACAAAAAGUUCGAUUUGUUGGGAGUUUUGCAUUUGAAAAUUGUGAACAAUUGGAAGAACUCAAUUUUAAUGAAAAUGUCGUGUUUGAAAUCGGUGGGUGCUUUGGACAAUGUAUUUCUCUGACCAAAUUGGAUGUUCCAAUUGAUUAUAUGAAACACUUGUACAAUGUAACUGAAAGCGAAAAGAUGAUUUUAGAAAGACUUCACAUUAAAGUUUCAAACAUGAUGAAAAAGGAAGAAGUUAAUGAGAAUGUGUUCAAGUUGGACAAUUACAACGAAAUAGAUAAUGAUGUUUGUGUUAACUCCGAUUAUAUCCAUCUUGGCGACUUGGACGUGUUUGAUACAAAUUCUAAUUACACAAGCGAUCAUUUAACAGUCUACAUUCCUUCCACUGUUGUUAAUUUCAGAAUCAAAGUUUAUGAUUCCGACAAUCUCAUCGAAAAAAUUGUCAUACCCGAAAAUGCACUUUUAAUUAAUGAAUCCAAAUUUUGUAUUGACAACGCAAAAUGUGUUCAACUUCCAGACACUAUCACAUUCAUACCAGAUGAUUACUUUUCCAGCUCAAAACUUGAAAAUUUUGUUGUUCCCAGGAAUGUGCGUGAAAUUGGCACAAAGGCAUUUUUUGAUUCAAAAUAUUUGACUUCAUUGUACAUCCCAAAAAGUGUCACAAAAAUUGGAAAAAAUUUUGUCAGUAAAUGCUCCAAUUUGAAGUCAAUUGUCUUUGAAGACGGUCGCAAUGUUGAUAUUAAUAAAGAAACUGAAAAUCAAUAUGUUUUACAUCAUGUUACACCCGAUAUAAAAGAACUGAAUUAUUACGUCGAGUUUCCUCUUGAGACGACAAAAAUAGAAGUACCAUCGAGUGUCACAAAAAUAAGUGGGUUAUUUUUUAAUAAAUACAAAAACCUCUGUGAAGUUGUAUUUCCACCAACAAUAAAAAUAUUCGAACAAUCAAUUUUCUAUAAUUGUCACAAACUCACCAAAAUAUCAUUUACUGAGUGUAAAAACACAUUAAACAAUUUGGAAAAUAACAAAAAUGAUAUCAACACUUUUAAAACAUUUUUCUUUGACAGUGUUAUAGUUGACUACAAGUUUUAUCUCCAAAUGAACGCAUUGGGGUACACAUUCCAUAAUGUUGAUUACACACAACAAAAUUUAUAUGAAUUCGGUGACAAAGCCGACUUCUCCGUAAUUAAAACUAUUAACCACGAAGACAAAAACUUGUUAAUGAAAAACACUCAUUACUGGAAAACUCAAUUUGACUUGAAUGAUACUUUCACUGAAAAGUUUGAAAUGCCAUCACAAAUAGAAACACUCGAAUAUUGCAAGUUGGCGUCAUACAAUUUAAGAGAAGUCGACGUUUCAUUAGUCACAAAAAAGAUCAACAAGUUGUGUUUCAACAACACGCAUUUUUUACAAAAAGUCACCUUUUCAAACACUUUAGAAGAAAUCGACGAAAAAGUGUUCUUUAAUUGUUUUUCAUUGAAGAGUGUUACACUCCCCCAAAGUCUCAAGAAAGUUGGGAAGCAGUGUUUUGCGAAUUGUUACUCACUCGAAAGUGUAUUUUGUGAGUCAAAAGAAGUGCUAUAUGACUCACAAUGUUUCAUGAAUUGCUUCAAUCUGAAAUUCAUAUCAAAAGUCAAACAUUUAAAAAGUGGUGUUUUUUGGUGUUGCAAUUCUUUUGUCAUGUUUGACAAUUUUGGAGACAUUGAAUGUAUUCCUCAUUGCACGUUUAUGAAGUGCUACAACUUGAAAAAAAUGAUCUUCCCAACGACGUUGAAAACAAUUGGCAAAUUUGCAUUUAAAAAUUGUUACUCACUAGAGAGCCUCACAUUUCCAAAAUCACUUGAAAAUGUGGAAGAUGGUUGUUUCAUGAAUUGCUCGAAUCUCAAACGUGUCAAUUUUAAGAACAAUAAGAUCACAUUUGGAAGUGAUGUAUUUGAAGGAUGUGCAUCACUGAGUUUGAUAUUAUUUAAUGAAGAACAGACAACUUAUUAUAAUGGAGAAGUCAGUUAUACUUUAUAUAAACAAUUUAAACAAAAACAAAUGAUCUGUGACAACGUGAAAGUGAAAUUCAACGAUUUAAAAAUGUUUGGAAUUGAUAUUUUAAAAGAUGAAAAGGUUCAUAGAAUUGAUGAGGGGGCGUUCUUUAACAACACAACAAUUACUGAAAUUGAAAUACCUAAUAACAUCACUAAAAUUGGAGACUUUUGUUUCGCAUGUGCAACACGUCUUGAAACAGUUAUGUUACCCUUGUCAAUAACAGAACUCUCUCCUUUCUGUUUUGAUAAUUGUGUUUCACUUGAAACGAUUAACUUGGAAAAUAUCACAAAAAUUGGGAUGGGGUGCUUUGAUAAUACGAAGUUUGAGAAAAUAUUAUAA